AUGUCACUCCGACUGCAUGGCAGGAGAAAUUCAGAUGUGCAAGUAUGUCUCACUUUCAUCAGGGUUCUGAAAGUCUUUUCUCCUCUUACUCCUCCUCCGCUUCCACUGCUCGCAAGAAGAUUCAUGGCUUCCAACUCCAAGGGUGACAGUGACAUGGCCAAGAACAUCUCUUCCAUCUCCCCUAAUUCCUACGGUGAUCCCUGCCAUGAUCUGUGUUUCCACGUGAAAUCACCAGACAACGUCGUAGGACUGUGUCUCCCACCACCAGAGCCCAGUGAUGAAGAGCGGGAGCAGCAGAACAAGGCCACCCUAAACUAUCUGAAGCAACUGCUGCCGGUGGCCUGUUCCCACAAUUCCCUAACCACCCUCAAGCUCAUCUUCAAUCUCAACUCUCUCGAUAGUCCUGGCGAAAAAUAUUUUCCGGCAGCCUUCUACGCGGCCGCAAUCUGGCUCCACCACAACCACCCCAAGACGCUAUUAUGCAACAUCCCCUCUUUUGCUGGCUCCGGCUCCUUCUACCUCUUGAUAGCUCGUUUGUGGGACCUUGUCGAGAUUCUCUACGGCCUUCUUCUAGAACAAGGCCAAGACUCUGCGGCGCAGAGGCUCCACCGUGACGCGCACUACAAGUUGUUGCAUGACCGGGUUAUGGAGGUCUUGGCGGAGCAGUUGAAGUCUGAUAUUGAAAAAUUGAAGCAGCACAGGCUGGGGAUGGAAAUGGAAUAUGAAGAUAAUGAUAAAGAAGAUGGUACUACUCUGCUUCUCGUUAGCCAGGCUGCUGCAUGUUGUACUCCCAGCAGCCCUGAACAAGUCCAGGCUACCCGCGCCGUUUUGUUGUUUGAAAGCCUUGAGAGGAAGCUUUUCCCGCCAGAAUCAGAUCAAUCAGAAGAAUGGGAACGGCUUAGGAAGGAGUUUUUGGAGCCCUUGACGGAGUAUAGUCGUCAACGCAUGCGUCUUUAUCUCAAUCAAAUGCCCUGUGUGAUCACGAAGUAUUUGGAGGAGGUGAAAGCAGGCGGCAGCAUCAUAAAGUCGGAUGCAUUGCUUCCAAAUUAUAUCAUAAGAUAUGUAAAAGAUAAGGAUGUUGGGGAAGCAGCUGAGAUUCAGUGGAAGGCAAUGAUGGAGAACAUAUACCAGGGGGAGGAGAACAAAUUUAAGAACUGCUUGGCAGUGUGUAACAUCACCUACACCAUGAGCGCAACAUCAAUCACGGAAUUGGCCGCAAGUUUGGGAAUUUUGGUGUCUGAAUUGAGUGAAGAGCCUGCAUGGAAAGGAAAGGUGAUCACUCUGGGUCCAUUGCCUGAUCAGCUGCCGCUGCUGCAUUCGACAUACAAGGCAGUGAUCUCAUGUCCAGUGGCUGUGAAUAAUAACUUCAAGGUGGAGCAGAUGAUCAAGAAGGUGUUUGUGUUCACCAACUCCGUAAGAUUUGGUGGCUGCAGCACAUCCUGGAAGACUCUGUAUGAGGCAAAACGCAGCAAGUUUAAGGAGCAAGGUUACGGGGAUGAUACGAUGCCACACAUUUUUUUUUGGAAUAUUUGGGACAUAGCGGGGUUUAUGCAUCGUGUAGAAGAACCUCAUCCAGGAGUGACCCUCUUGAGGGGAAACUCGAACACAUUGAUCAAGUCGUUCUUGGAUAAUGGUGGGGAAAUUAGCCGGCAUCAGAUCAUGGAAGCAGUCAUUGCCAACAAAGAGUAUCAAACUCUCUCUGUGGUCGACUGA